AUGCGCCUCCACACGCUCCACGACCUUGACAAGACCGAAGGCACCAAACACACGGCCUUCCUCUCCAUCUGCGCCUUCACCUUCCUCACGAACUUCGGCAUCGGCGGGCUGGCCCCGGCCUUCUACCUGCUGUCCCAAGAAUUCGACAAGACGCUCGCGCAGACCAGCGACCUGCUGCUGUGGCCGAUCCUGGUGCUGGGGGCCUUCAACUUCCUGUGGGUGCCGGUGGCCAACCACGCCGGCAAGCGGCCCGUGUUCGUCUUUUGCUCGGCGCUGCUGUGCGCGUGUUUUGUGUGGGGGGCGGUGGCCCGGUCGUUCGAGUCGCUGCUGUGGUCGAAUGUGAUCGCGGCGUUUGCGGGCGCGUCGACGGAGGCGCUGGGCGCGAGUAUAGUGAAUGAUUUGUAUUUUCUGCAUGAGAGGGGGAUGAUGAUGGGGUUGUAUAUGAACUUUAUUUCGGGCGGGAAUACACUGGGCCCGUUGGUGUGUGGGUUUGUGAUCACCGGGUUGAGCUGGCGGUGGCAUAAGUGGAUUGCGGUGAUCCUGACGGGGGUCAACUUCCUGACGGUGUUGUUGUUUGUGCCGGAGACGAGGUAUUAUCGAGAUGGACCAGGAGAUGGUGCUGGUCAGCCGGGGGAGGUGAGGUUGCCAUCGGCGGAAACCGUUUCUGGCGAUGGCGAGACGGGAAAAGAAAGUCGGGUGGACGGAGGAGGUAACAAGGAGGAGACCCACGCUGCUCCGACAACAGUACCCAAGAAGACUUGGAUACAAGAGCUCAGCUUGUGGACAGGAACCGCGCCAAAUACGAACCUCGCCAAAAUGUUCGCCCGGCCGCUGCCCAUGUUUGCCUAUCCUUGUGUUAUCUACGCGUUCCUCGGCUACGCCGUAUCGCUCGUGCUGACGGUGUCGGUCAACAUCCUCAACCCUUUCGUCCUACAAGCGCCUCCAUACAACUGGUCACCGAUGAUCAACGGUCUGAUCAACAUACCCGGCUUUGUCGGGAAUCUGAUGGGCAGCUUUGCGGGGGGAUUGUUGGUAGAUGCGUUCUGCGACUGGAAGACCAGGCGCAACAAAGGGGUUUUUGAGCCGGAGAGCCGGCUGUACCUGUGUGCCCUCCCGCUGGUCGUCACCGGAGCAGGAUGCCUCGUCUUCGGGUAUGGGGUGGAGAGAAUGCUACCUUGGAUCAGCCUGUUCCUCGGGUACGGCAUGAUCUCGGUCGCUUUGACGGCGGUCCCAACCAUCACCAUGGCAUACGUUUCUGACUGUUUGCUGCCCGUCAAUUCGGAUGCGUUGAUGCUCGUCAAUGGCCUCAAAAAUGUCGUGGCUUUUGGCUUCCUCUACGGUAUCGUGCCAUGGGUCGAAAAGGUUGGCUACGCUGCGUGCUUCGGCACACAAGCCGGCAUAUUUGUCGCCAUCAUUCUUCUGGGCAUGGUGUUUCUCAUACCUUUUGGUGGGAAGAUCCGACAUAUUCAAGCCCGGUGGCGUAUUAUUUUGUAA